AUGGCAAAUAUGGAAGAGUUACACAUGGCUGCUUCAGCUUACUAUAGUAAUGCCUCCGAUGAACUUAGGCAACGAGCAAUAGAGUUCUUCAAUUCAAUGGAUACAAAUGGCGAUGGCGGAGUUAGCUUCAAUGAGUUCAUCCAAUUCUUCGUUCAAAACGGAUACAACAGGGUCGACCCCAAUUUUUUCCGUAGUUUGGACCGCAAUGGAGACGGGUUCUCGGAUUUCUUUGAAGUCCUCACGUUUUACUACAUCUUCAAAACCAGGGGUGUGUCGUGUGGUUACUGUAGAAUUGGCCUAAUGACACUGUAUUUCACGUGCGUUGCAUGCUUUGACAAUGCUGGAGGUAACACCUACGACCUUUGUUCUACGUGCUAUGAGGCACGGAGGCACCACCAGCAUCAUCAUCCCCACCAUAACUAUUUCUUGGAUAGCUACGUCUUGCUCCGGGCCAAGGCAGGCCUCCCUCUUCCUGCAGGUGCCCCAAAUCUUCAACAGGGCUUCCAAAUUUCCAUAGAUAUUGAUUUCAUGUCUAACAUUGAAAAUUUCAUUGCAAUGUGGCAACUGUGGAAUGACAAUGGUUAA